AUGACAACCCUAUUGUUCCGCACCCCCCCUCCCACCUCUCCUUCCCCCUCGUUGUUCCAGGGGGGCCCGUCCCACGACAAGGGCAUCUUUUACCGGGCGUUUGAUGAGAUCUACGAACUUGCUCCCAUGACAACCCUAUUGUUCCGCACCCCCCCUCCCACCUCUCCUUCCCCCUCGUUGUUCCAGGGGGGCCCGUCCCACGACAAGGGCAUCUUUUACCGGGCGUUUGAUGAGAUCUACGAACUUGCUCCCAUGACAACCCUAUUGUUCCGCACCCCCCCUCCCACCUCUCCUUCCCCCUCGUUGUUCCAGGAGGGCCCGUCCCACGACCGUGGCAUAUUCUACCGUGCAUUCGAUGAGAUCUACGACCUUGCCAACUCAACAUACGCCCCUGCUGACAGUUACACCUUCCACGUCAGCGUACUCGAGAUGUUCAACGAGCAGAUGUUCGACGAGAAGGUCGUUGGGGGAUGGUGGAUUGGCGAGGAGAGAGCUGCUGUGCAGGAGUGGAUUGGCGAGGAGAGAGCUGCUGUGCAGGAGUGGAUUGGCGAGGAGAGAGCUGCUGUGCAGGAGUGGAUUGGCGAGGAGAGAGCUGCUGAGGAGUGGAUUGGCGAGGAGAGAGCUGCUGUGCAGGAGUGGAUUGGCGAGGAGAGAGCUGCUGAGGAGUGGAUUGGCGAGGAGAGAGCUGCUGAGGAGUGGAUUGGCGAGGAGAGAGCUGCUGUGCAGGAGUGGAUUGGCGAGGAGAGAGCUGCUGAGGAGUGGAUUGGCGAGGAGAGAGCUGCUGUGCAGGAGUGGAUUGGCGAGGAGAGAGCUGCUGUGCAGGAGUGGAUUGGCGAGGAGAGAGCUGCUGUGCAGGAGUGGAUUGGCGAGGAGAGAGCUGCUGAGGAGUGGAUUGGCGAGGAGAGAGCUGCUGUGCAGGAGUGGAUUGGCGAGGAGAGAGCUGCUGUGCAGGAGUGGAUUGGCGAGGAGAGAGCUGCUGUGCAGGAGUGGAUUGGCGAGGAGAGAGCUGCUGUGCAGGAGUGGAUUGGCGAGGAGAGAGCUGCUGAGGAGUGGAUUGGCGAGGAGAGAGCUGCUGUGCAGGAGUGGAUUGGCGAGGAGAGAGCUGCUGUGCAGGAGUGGAUUGGCGAGGAGAGAGCUGCUGAGGAGUGGAUUGGCGAGGAGAGAGCUGCUGUGCAGGAGUGGAUUGGCGAGGAGAGAGCUGCUGUGCAGGAGUGGAUUGGCGAGGAGAGAGCUGCUGUGCAGGAGUGGAUUGGCGAGGAGAGAGCUGCUGUGCAGGAGUGGAUUGGCGAGGAGAGAGCUGCUGUGCAGGAGUGGAUUGGCGAGGAGAGAGCUGCUGUGCAGGAGUGGAUUGGCGAGGAGAGAGCUGCUGUGCAGGAGUGGAUUGGCGAGGAGAGAGCUGCUGUGCAGGAGUGGAUUGGCGAGGAGAGAGCUGCUGUGCAGGAGUGGAUUGGCGAGGAGAGAGCUGCUGAGGAGUGGAUUGGCGAGGAGAGAGCUGCUGUGCAGGAGUGGAUUGGCGAGGAGAGAGCUGCUGUGCAGGAGUGGAUUGGCGAGGAGAGAGCUGCUGUGCAGGAGUGGAUUGGCGAGGAGAGAGCUGCUGUGCAGGAGUGGAUUGGCGAGGAGAGAGCUGCUGAGGAGUGGAUUGGCGAGGAGAGAGCUGCUGUGCAGGAGUGGAUUGGCGAGGAGAGAGCUGCUGAGGAGUGGAUUGGCGAGGAGAGAGCUGCUGUGCAGGAGUGGAUUGGCGAGGAGAGAGCUGCUGUGCAGGAGUGGAUUGGCGAGGAGAGAGCUGCUGUGCAGGAGUGGAUUGGCGAGGAGAGAGCUGCUGUGCAGGAGUGGAUUGGCGAGGAGAGAGCUGCUGAGGAGUGGAUUGGCGAGGAGAGAGCUGCUGUGCAGGAGUGGAUUGGCGAGGAGAGAGCUGCUGUGCAGGAGUGGAUUGGCGAGGAGAGAGCUGCUGUGCAGGAGUGGAUUGGCGAGGAGAGAGCUGCUGUGCAGGAGUGGAUUGGCGAGGAGAGAGCUGCUGUGCAGGAGUGGAUUGGCGAGGAGAGAGCUGCUGUGCAGGAGUGGAUUGGCGAGGAGAGAGCUGCUGUGCAGGAGUGGAUUGGCGAGGAGAGAGCUGCUGUGCAGGAGUGGAUUGGCGAGGAGAGAGCUGCUGAGGAGUGGAUUGGCGAGGAGAGAGCUGCUGUGCAGGAGUGGAUUGGCGAGGAGAGAGCUGCUGUGCAGGAGUGGAUUGGCGAGGAGAGAGCUGCUGUGCAGGAGUGGAUUGGCGAGGAGAGAGCUGCUGAGGAGUGGAUUGGCGAGGAGAGAGCUGCUGUGCAGGAGUGGAUUGGCGAGGAGAGAGCUGCUGAGGAGUGGAUUGGCGAGGAGAGAGCUGCUGAGGAGUGGAUUGGCGAGGAGAGAGCUGCUGUGCAGGAGUGGAUUGGCGAGGAGAGAGCUGCUGAGGAGUGGAUUGGCGAGGAGAGAGCUGCUGUGCAGGAGUGGAUUGGCGAGGAGAGAGCUGCUGUGCAGGAGUGGAUUGGCGAGGAGAGAGCUGCUGUGCAGGAGUGGAUUGGCGAGGAGAGAGCUGCUGAGGAGUGGAUUGGCGAGGAGAGAGCUGCUGUGCAGGAGUGGAUUGGCGAGGAGAGAGCUGCUGUGCAGGAGUGGAUUGGCGAGGAGAGAGCUGCUGUGCAGGAGUGGAUUGGCGAGGAGAGAGCUGCUGUGCAGGAGUGGAUUGGCGAGGAGAGAGCUGCUGAGGAGUGGAUUGGCGAGGAGAGAGCUGCUGUGCAGGAGUGGAUUGGCGAGGAGAGAGCUGCUGUGCAGGAGUGGAUUGGCGAGGAGAGAGCUGCUGAGGAGUGGAUUGGCGAGGAGAGAGCUGCUGUGCAGGAGUGGAUUGGCGAGGAGAGAGCUGCUGUGCAGGAGUGGAUUGGCGAGGAGAGAGCUGCUGUGCAGGAGUGGAUUGGCGAGGAGAGAGCUGCUGUGCAGGAGUGGAUUGGCGAGGAGAGAGCUGCUGUGCAGGAGUGGAUUGGCGAGGAGAGAGCUGCUGUGCAGGAGUGGAUUGGCGAGGAGAGAGCUGCUGUGCAGGAGUGGAUUGGCGAGGAGAGAGCUGCUGUGCAGGAGUGGAUUGGCGAGGAGAGAGCUGCUGUGCAGGAGUGGAUUGGCGAGGAGAGAGCUGCUGAGGAGUGGAUUGGCGAGGAGAGAGCUGCUGUGCAGGAGUGGAUUGGCGAGGAGAGAGCUGCUGUGCAGGAGUGGAUUGGCGAGGAGAGAGCUGCUGUGCAGGAGUGGAUUGGCGAGGAGAGAGCUGCUGUGCAGGAGUGGAUUGGCGAGGAGAGAGCUGCUGUGCAGGAGUGGAUUGGCGAGGAGAGAGCUGCUGUGCAGGAGUGGAUUGGCGAGGAGAGAGCUGCUGAGGAGUGGAUUGGCGAGGAGAGAGCUGCUGUGCAGGAGUGGAUUGGCGAGGAGAGAGCUGCUGUGCAGGAGUGGAUUGGCGAGGAGAGAGCUGCUGUGCAGGAGUGGAUUGGCGAGGAGAGAGCUGCUGAGGAGUGGAUUGGCGAGGAGAGAGCUGCUGUGCAGGAGUGGAUUGGCGAGGAGAGAGCUGCUGAGGAGUGGAUUGGCGAGGAGAGAGCUGCUGAGGAGUGGAUUGGCGAGGAGAGAGCUGCUGUGCAGGAGUGGAUUGGCGAGGAGAGAGCUGCUGAGGAGUGGAUUGGCGAGGAGAGAGCUGCUGUGCAGGAGUGGAUUGGCGAGGAGAGAGCUGCUGUGCAGGAGUGGAUUGGCGAGGAGAGAGCUGCUGUGCAGGAGUGGAUUGGCGAGGAGAGAGCUGCUGAGGAGUGGAUUGGCGAGGAGAGAGCUGCUGUGCAGGAGUGGAUUGGCGAGGAGAGAGCUGCUGUGCAGGAGUGGAUUGGCGAGGAGAGAGCUGCUGUGCAGGAGUGGAUUGGCGAGGAGAGAGCUGCUGUGCAGGAGUGGAUUGGCGAGGAGAGAGCUGCUGUGCAGGAGUGGAUUGGCGAGGAGAGAGCUGCUGUGCAGGAGUGGAUUGGCGAGGAGAGAGCUGCUGAGGAGUGGAUUGGCGAGGAGAGAGCUGCUGUGCAGGAGUGGAUUGGCGAGGAGAGAGCUGCUGUGCAGGAGUGGAUUGGCGAGGAGAGAGCUGCUGAGGAGUGGAUUGGCGAGGAGAGAGCUGCUGUGCAGGAGUGGAUUGGCGAGGAGAGAGCUGCUGUGCAGGAGUGGAUUGGCGAGGAGAGAGCUGCUGUGCAGGAGUGGAUUGGCGAGGAGAGAGCUGCUGUGCAGGAGUGGAUUGGCGAGGAGAGAGCUGCUGUGCAGGAGUGGAUUGGCGAGGAGAGAGCUGCUGAGGAGUGGAUUGGCGAGGAGAGAGCUGCUGUGCAGGAGUGGAUUGGCGAGGAGAGAGCUGCUGUGCAGGAGUGGAUUGGCGAGGAGAGAGCUGCUGAGGAGUGGAUUGGCGAGGAGAGAGCUGCUGUGCAGGAGUGGAUUGGCGAGGAGAGAGCUGCUGAGGAGUGGAUUGGCGAGGAGAGAGCUGCUGAGGAGUGGAUUGGCGAGGAGAGAGCUGCUGUGCAGGAGUGGAUUGGCGAGGAGAGAGCUGCUGAGGAGUGGAUUGGCGAGGAGAGAGCUGCUGUGCAGGAGUGGAUUGGCGAGGAGAGAGCUGCUGUGCAGGAGUGGAUUGGCGAGGAGAGAGCUGCUGUGCAGGAGUGGAUUGGCGAGGAGAGAGCUGCUGUGCAGGAGUGGAUUGGCGAGGAGAGAGCUGCUGAGGAGUGGAUUGGCGAGGAGAGAGCUGCUGUGCAGGAGUGGAUUGGCGAGGAGAGAGCUGCUGUGCAGGAGUGGAUUGGCGAGGAGAGAGCUGCUGAGGAGUGGAUUGGCGAGGAGAGAGCUGCUGUGCAGGAGUGGAUUGGCGAGGAGAGAGCUGCUGUGCAGGAGUGGAUUGGCGAGGAGAGAGCUGCUGAGGAGUGGAUUGGCGAGGAGAGAGCUGCUGAGGAGUGGAUUGGCGAGGAGAGAGCUGCUGUGCAGGAGUGGAUUGGCGAGGAGAGAGCUGCUGAGGAGUGGAUUGGCGAGGAGAGAGCUGCUGUGCAGGAGUGGAUUGGCGAGGAGAGAGCUGCUGAGGAGUGGAUGGGCGAGGAGAGAGCUGCUGAGCGGGAGUGGAUUGGUAAGGAUUGCCUUUUGAAAGGGGGCGACCUGCUUGUGCUUGUAUCCCCAUGCUGGCCUUUUGAGACAUCUCAAAAGGGGGGCGGAGCUGCGGGGGGAGGAGCAGGCACCGCAGCAGCAGGGGCAGCAGGAGCAGGCGUGGGGGGGUGGGGGGAGGUGGAGCUACGGGGAGUGAGGGAGGAGGUGGUGAGCAACCCCAUGGAGUAUGCCAAGGUGGUCAAGACGGCUCUGCAACACCGGGCGGCUGGGGGAGGUGCAUCUGGGGGAGGUGGGCUCGUUGGCGACAGCAAGGAGCGCAACAAGCUCUCCCACCUGGUGGUGAUAGUGCGAGUGCAUCACGACGACCCAGUGACGGGGGAGCAGCAGAGCAGCAAGCUGCUGCUGGCGGAUCUCGCCUCCAGCGAGCGCCUCCUCGCCUCCUCCUCCGCUUCGGGGGACCGCCUCACCGCCUCGCUGCACGUCCAGAAGUCCUUUUCAGCGCUGGGCGACUGUCUGUCUGCUCUCACGGGCAAGCGUCCCACCGUGCCGUACGGCAACUCCAAGCUCACCACGCUGCUCUCCGACUGCCUCGGCGGCGAGGCCAAGACGGUGGUGGUGGUGACAUGCAGCCCGUCGGUGAGGGACGUGGUGGAGUCGGCGCUCUCGCUGGCCUUUGCUGCCCGCUCCCGCAACUCCGAGCUCAGCCUGGGCACUCGCGAUACCAUCAAGAAGUGGCGCGACAUGGCAAAUGAUGCGCGGAGAGAGGUGUUUGAGAGCGAGAGGCAGACUGCAGAAGCACAGCAGGAGGUGCUGCGGCUGAAGGACGCGCUGAGGGCGAGCGAGCAGACGGGGUGUGUGCUGCUGACCGAGCUGCAACGCGCCUGGGCGCAGGCAGGCCUGGUGGAGGCUCAACACCAUGCCGAAGUGGAACGGCUUAUGGCUGAGGUGGCUGCAGGGGUGGAGGCGCAGCGGCGGAUGGAAGAGGAGUGGGAGACUCGAGCGGUGUUGGAGGGUGCGAAGACUGUGAGGGAGCAUGAGGAGGAGAUGGAGCGCGUGCAGCAGCAACACAUUGCGGAGAUAGAGGCGUACAAGGUUCAAGUGGAGCAGCUGCACGGGCGGCUGGCAGAAGCAGCCGAAAUGGCGGCGACGGUGGCGGCACUGCGUCGCCCGCAGGAGGACUCGGCAGAGGUAGCGGAGCUGAGGCAGCGGUAUGAAGCAGCGGUGCAGAAGAUGACAGCUUAUAAGAACGAGCUGGAGAAGAAGGUGGCGGAGCUGAGGCAGCGGUAUGAAGCAGCGGUGCAGAAGAUGACAGCUUAUAAGAACGAGCUGGAGAAGAAGGUGGCGGAGCUGAGGCAGCGGUAUGAAGCAGCGGUGCAGAAGAUGACCGCGUAUAAGAACGAGCUGGAGAAGAGUGAAGCGCUCACCCGGGUGGUGGGUGCGGCAGUGUCAGAGCGCCACGAGGUGGCGGUGCAGAAGAUGACCGCGUACAAGAACGAGCUGGAGAAGAGCGAAGCGCUCACCUGGGUGAGUUGUUGCCCCACUGCAUCUCCCUGCCCAGCUUCUUCUCUUCCACGACAUUUCUCCACGUGCAAUCCCCCUCCGUUCCUCAUAUUCCGACUCUCCUCUUCUUCUCUUCCCCAGGCGGCUCUCGAGAACUCCGCCCUCAUGAAGGUGGACGCCCAUGUGCAAGCCCAGGCACAGGCGCAGGCUGGACAGGUUCAGGUAGUCACUGCGAAUGGCACAGCGGGACCCGGGGAUGCAGGAGCAGGGGCAGGCGAAGGCCAGGGCGCUCAGCAGCAGGGGCAGGGGCAAGGGCAGGGGCAGGGGAAUGAAGUAAGGCAGGGAGCUGCUCCUGCUGUUCCUGCUGCUGCUGCUGCUGCUGCUGGUGUGAGAUUGGGUGCAGGGGGGUUGCAGCCGCAGCAGCAGCAGGUGGGGGGUGGUGGUGGGGAGUGGGAGAGGCGGAGGGACGAGGUGGUGGGGCGGAUGAACCGAGUGAUGGUGGACGCGCAGAGCGAUGCUGCUGCUCUUGCGGAGGAGAGCAACGCGUGCUUGAGGGAGCCCACCCUGCAGAAGAGCGCCACGUUUGCUCUCCCCACCACUGCCACGCCUGCGCCCGGAUCCACCCUCCGAACAUUCCGCCUCGAUCUCAAGCUGCCGGGGGGGGACAAGGGGGGCGCGGGUGCGGGCGUAGGGGGUGGGGGCAGUGCGAGCAUUGCGGACCGGCGGGGGAGUGCGUCGUUCCGCCUGCCGUCGUUCCGAGCGGGUGGGAAGAAGGCCGCGGGGGCAGGAGGGUCUGCUGUUAAGGUGUCAGAGGCACGAAUCAAGGAGAUACGGCAGGAGGCAGCAGACCACGCCAAGGGCCACAAGGAGCUCGCUCUGGUCUUUGCCCACUUCGCCACCGCCAAACCCACCACCACCGCCGCCACCGCCACCCCGCUCUCCCACCCCUCCUCGCUCCCCGCUGACCUCAUCGCGCGCGUCGCUGACGUCACGAGCCUGGAGCAGCGGGUGCUGCAGUGGAUCGGAUCGCAGUUUGGAUUCUGGGCGGCGGGUGAGCCGCCCAGGGACGCGCAGGAGGACGUGGUGGCGGUGGCGGCGGCCGUGGUGGAGGGGUGGCGGGAGGGGCUGGGCACGUUCAUGCGGUACAGUGAGGACGCCCUGGGGCAGGUGCUGGCUGACUGGAGCUUCAGGCAAUACCGGUCACAGCUGGGGAAUCUCAAGGACGUGGGCUCCUCGUUGUUAGUAGAGGAGGCAGACGACGUGGAGCAUGUGAUCAAGCUGCGUUUGGGCCUGGAGGCAGUGAGGCACAAGCGCGCCAAGCUGCUGAGGGACGUGGCAGCAGACGCUUCCCUGGGGGCGCACAGGGAGGAGCUGCUGGAGGGGCACAAGCGGUGGGAGGCGGAGGGUGGGGCAAAGGAGGAGAGUAGAAUCGGGUCGCUUGCUGCUCUUGAAAAGAUCUUCCGCGCGUGCCAGGACGCCAUGGAGGCGCUGUCAGCAUCGCGCAUGCCGCCUGACGAGGCGGUGAAUGGCAUGCGGGAGGGGCUGGCGCGGCAGCAGAGGGAGGAGCUGCCGGUGCUGGCGGGGCCGGACAAGAUGGUGGGCGAGCAGAUCAUCGCUUAUGCCCUGCAGUUCUUCCCCCGGGUCUCGGAAACCAGUGCCGCUGUCAGUGCAGCAGUGCAGCUGAACAGUGCGGAGGGCCCACUGGUCAUCAAGUGUGGCUCCACACACCACCUCCAACUCGCGAUCAAAUACUCCUCCACUGCUGCCGACGCUGCUAGUGCUGGUGCUGGUGCUGCUGCUGGUGCUGGUGCUGGUGGUGCUGCUGCUGCGUUUGCAGCUAAGACCACAUCAGGGUCUCUUGAGCCAGACGAUUUCUCUGUCCUCCCUGACCCAUCCUCCCUCUCCGGGUUCUCUCUGGACCGGAUCCGGUCGGUUCUCUCGCCGCUCCUUCCUGCUCCCAUCGUCCACGUCAUCGUCGCCAAGUCAGCAAACGCCACGCGGGCGAGGUAUGGUCGGAUCCACUCCACUCUCGCCGCCCGCGUGCCGGUCCUACGUGGCGCGCCCAGCAGCACCGGGCCUGCCACGUCACGCGCUGCCGAGUCGCCGGCCACUGUCGCACGGCCAACUGGCAGCUACAGUGCUGCGAGCACUCCUGGGCAGGGGGUUUCGUCUGGUGUGGGAUGGGGAGGGGGCGUGAAAGGGGGGAGGAGGAGCACGGGGGUGGGGGGAGUCGGAGGGUCGAUAGGGGGGAGAGGGGAUGUUGUGGAGCUGGAAGGGAGGAGCUGGUCUAGAGGGGCGUCUCUUGCCAACUCAGUCGCUGCCACUCCCAUUUCCUCAAGCCCAUUGCAUGGGCCGUUGCGAGGGGGAGGAGGCAUGAUGGGAGGGAGUGUGCGGAUGAGUUUAGAUGCCGGUGCUGCUGAAGGGGGAGGAGCAGGGGGAGGGACAGGGGUGGGAGGGAAG